AUGUCAUUUGAUCCAGUUCAUGAUAGUAUAACCAAUAACACGCAGGUAGAUCCCAAUGUGGAAUACACUCAUCCCCCGGCAGACCAACAGUCAAAGUCCUCGGAUCCUCUUCUUGUCGAGUCGGAAGAUAAGAUCACGGAAGCUGAAGAUACGAAAAAACGCAAAAGACAAUCUGAUGACGGAGUUAAAGAGAAGUUACACCCAUCGGUACUGACGAAUUCGCGCACUAGACACUUAAAGAAGGCCGAUGGAGAGCCUUACUGGCGAAAGGAUAUACGCUUCGUUUUCCUAAUGAGGUUAUUCUUCAACAACAGGAGAAUAUUCACCAACCCUUUCAAAAAGUCGGGGGAGCAUUUCGAUUGGCCGGAGCACUUCAAAUACUAUAGAGAUGAAUCUGGCACUGAGCACUUCAAUGAUGGAUCUUCUUUGACGUUCUUUGAGCUUUACCUUGUGACUCUCAUGAAAAGUAGCAAGGUCUCCAAAGUCUUGAAAGAUCGCCUUUCGCAUGAUCUAAGCUACGCCUUGAAUUUCUCAGUUAUCAGCAUCCUUGUUAAUAUCGGCCGCCUGAACACGACCGUGAAUUUUGACCACGCUAUGAAAUCUCAGUUUAGAACUUAUCAUUCUGUGCCCUCUCUACAUGUUGGAGACCAUACUUCCAUUUUCGAGAAGUUUUACGUUCUUCAUCCUGUUGAAGCCAGACUCAAGACAGAAGACACGAAAAAUUACUUCCCGAUGUCCGCUGUGAAGCCAUUACAAGAUACACCUCGCAUAAAAUCAAUCCUAAAAUCAAUCAACGACUUGAAUCAGGAAGUUCCAAAAAAUUUCAAGGAGUUCAUCUUGGGGAUGAACGAGGACAAUAAAUUUCAUUUGAAUGUUGUCAGUUUACUAUUCCUGCUCUGUGUGCAUGAGUACGAGAUUGGAAAGCUGUUUUUUCCGACUGCUCAGCAAUUGUCACAAACGGAGACCGACAAUAUGGACCACGCGGGUUUUGCCAUGUCUUCGGGAUCAAUAUUUAACGAUAUCUGGCUGAAAACGGAAUCAGAUCCGAACGACGAGGUUGAGAGGUUUUUGUGGUUAAUAUAUCUUUUCUUGGAGACUGACUUCAAAGCAGAUAAGAUUUUAGCUAAUCCGUUCAAUAACCCGCUGGCUACUGUUACAAUUGAUUCUAGACUGAAUGUGGCAGAGGAGAUUGCUCAUGAUAAUUUGGAGCUUGUUGAAAAACUCCGACAGCUCGUGCCACCAACGAAAAAAUACUCGCCUGAGCAAAGCCAGAAUUCAUCUCAGUUGAUCAACGAUGUUGACACAGAAAACGAAAAGGCAUUUGCUGUUUAUAUGAAAAAUCUACGACUCAAGUUCUUAGAGGACGCUCCGAGUGACGAUGAAUCAAAAAAAGCAAAACGAGUUAAAAAGUCUAAGAAGUCAACGGAUGCUGACGAUACGGAUGCUGACCUAACUUCUUUGGGACUUGAAGAGUCAGAUGUGAAAAAGCUGAAACAGGCUCUUCACACGGAAGAAAAUGGGAUAGGAAGCGCUGAAUCCAACUCUCAUGGUGACGAUUUGCAAGCAGAAAAGGCACGCAAGAAAAAAAGAACCAGCACUGGGCCAAUCAAGCUCAACUUGAGCCAUAUUGAAGCCUUACUAAGUUCAGACGUACGGUCUGGCUCAACUUCGAAGAUUAUGAUUAAUAAGCGAAACAAAAAUCAUUACAUGGCUUUGUUUUUGAGAGACCUCAUACUGAAACGUGCGGAUGACCUCAAACGAAAAAGACUAAAAUUAGGGCACUUGAAUUGCAUGCACAAAUUGGACAAUUUAUUGAUUACACAAGCUGACGAAAAGUUCUCAAGCGUGUAUAAGGACAAAUUGGAUGAGUUUCAGAUCAACUAUUAUAAAGACCUGAAGCGGAUAGUGAGUUUCGUUGAUGACUCAGCGGACAGAGAGGAAUCAGCGCACGAUUUGUUGUUGGAUAAAGCCUUUUCAGAUGUAUAG